UACCAUAUACACUUCAGUGUUUCACUCACUACAGAAGCGCGCGGAUUGCAGAUCGUUUAAAAGUGUCUUAGGAGUCGCAGCUUCAGUCACGCUAUAGAGUUUCGUUUCACUAUUUGUCCAUGACGCAAGCAGGAAAUGUAUUUCCAAACCGUAAUUGCUUUGCUUGUAACCACAACGGUGUUAAGUCAAGUGAAUGCGCAAAAACGUUACCCACCCGCUGAAACGCAAAAGACACCAAACGAUCUCUUCGAAGAGUCGGUGACACGCAUUAAAGAAGGGAAUUUUGAAGUUGAUAUUAUAGUGCGACGUCCAAAUAAUUCGUCAAAACCUGGCGCUCAACAAAAACAUGGCGCAACACCGAAUCGCAAAGUGGAUAACGGUAAAAUAAUAUUCCCCAACAAUUCGGAAGAGCAAGCCAGUGAAAGUCGUAGAUCAGAGUUCGAAUAUAACAAUCAAGAAUAUCAACGAAGAACCGAACAAGACUUUGGUUUUGAACAAAGAAGAAGAGAAGGUCAGCAGCCACAAGAACCACGUCGUAAAUACGGAAAUGAACUUGAACCUGAUAACCUAUAUAAUCAAAAUAUCGAACGGAAUAUUUACAACAAAAAUGUAAGCGAACCGGAAGCGAGUAAUGGUGAGCGGCUUCCAAAUAGCAACAGUUCGAAUCAACAAAAGCGAGAAGGGCAUAACCGACGCCUCUGUGAAGUAAAGUAUAAUGAAUAUAUUGAACAAAUAUUUCGAAAUGAUGCAGAGACCUCGGCGGAUGCAAACGAUGCAGAGUUCGAUGGUCGCGUAUUGGCAACACCCGGUGAAUACCCGCACAUGACUGCACUGGGCUUUCAAAGAGAGGACAACACAUUCGACUAUAAAUGCGGCGGAAGUUUGAUAAGUGACAAUUUCGUAAUAACAGCGGCGCAUUGUACGAAUAUAACGAGCGAAAUACCGACGAUAGCACGCAUCGGGGACACCAAUCUUAUGGAAGCGAAACGUUUUGGACCACAAUUAUUCGGCAUAAAAACUAUAUAUGCACAUCCACAAUAUGACGGCGUGACCUAUUACAAUGACAUUGCGCUUUUGUUGCUGAACGCAAGUGUUGAAUUCACCGAGUUUGUACGCCCUAUUCGAUUGUGGACACGCCCUUAUCUACCAUUAUCCACUGCUUUCGCAAUGGGCUACGGAGCGACCUCAUUUGCGCGUGCGCCCACCAAUCGACUCACGGACUUCAAUCUGACGAUUGUGGAGAACGAUGACUGCAAUCAGCGCCUGCCACAGCUGGACGAAGUGCCGCGUGGCAUAAUCGAGAGCCAAGUUUGUGCGCAAGAUUUUGUGAUGCAACGCGAUACUUGUCAGGGCGAUUCCGGCGGUCCGCUGCAAUACAAUAUUAGAGGAAGGCGACGCAGAAAGCGUAUACACUAUCAUUUGAUCGGCAUCACUUCGUUCGGUUUGCUUUGCCGCAGUCAAAAUCCGGGUGUCUACACGCGCAUAUAUUCAUUUCUGGACUGGAUUGAGAGCACGGUUUGGAGCAGUUAUGAGCACUAG